CCAGCAGAGAGAACACUGAGGGGUGGGAACACCACCAUGACCAACCUGACAGCAGUGAGCACCGGGAGGAACUCGUGCACCUACCAUGAGGAGUUCAAGCAGGUCCUGCUGCCCCUGGUGUACUCAGUGGUGUUUGUGGUGGGGCUGCCCUUGAACGCCGUGGUCAUCGGGCAGAUCUGGCUGGCCCAGAAAGCGCUGAGCCGCUCCACCAUCUACAUGCUCAACCUGGCCGUGGCUGACCUGCUCUACGUCUGCUCCCUGCCACUCCUCAUCUACAACUACACCCAGAAGGACUACUGGCCCUUUGGGGACUUCACCUGCAAAUUCGUGCGCUUCCAGUUCUACACCAACCUGCACAGCAGCAUCUUCUUCCUCACCUGCAUCAGCGUCCAGCGCUACCUGGGCAUCUGCCACCCCUUGGCCUCGUGGCACAAGAAGAAGGGCAAGAAGCUGACGUGGUUGGUGUGUGCAGCUGUGUGGUUCAUCGUCAUUGCCCAGUGUCUGCCUACCUUCGUCUUCGCCUCCACAGGCACGCAGAGGAACCGCACUGUCUGCUACGACCUGAGCCCGCCCGACGGCUCCGCCGCCUACUUCCCGUACGGCAUCACCCUCACCUUUACCGGCUUCCUGCUGCCCUUCGUGGCCAUCCUGGCCUGCUACUGCAGCAUGGCCCGCAUCCUGUGCCAGAAGGACGAGCUGAUCGGCCUGGCCGUGCACAAGAGGAAGGACAAAGCCGUGCGGAUGGUCAUCAUCGUGGUCAUCGUCUUCUCCAUCAGCUUCUUCCCCUUCCACCUCACCAAGACCAUCUACCUGAUCGUCCGCUCCUCGCCCACCCUGCCCUGCCCGGCCCUGCAGGCCUUCGCCAUCGCCUACAAGUGCACGCGGCCCUUUGCCAGCAUGAACAGCGUCCUUGACCCCAUCCUCUUCUACUUCACCCAGCGCAAGUUCCGGGAGAGCACCCGCUACCUCCUGGACAAGAUGAGCUCCAAGUGGCGGCAUGACCACUGUGUCACCUACGGCUCCUAG